GUGGGCGUGUCCUUGAACAGCCUAGUGGUGUACGCGUUGGCCUGGCGUGGGCGUGGCCGCCUGACGAGGCGUGGCAGCUUGGGCAAAGGGGAGACGCGCGGCGCCAGCAGCUUCCGUGUCUACGUAGUGAACCUGGCGUUUGCUGACCUGGUUCUCCUCCUCCGCACCCCCCUGAUGCUGGCGUACCUGGCCCACGGCUGUAGCUGGCCCAUGGGGAAACUGGUCUGCCGCCUGGUGGUAUUCCUGAGAGGCCUGGGGCUAUACGCUGCGGCCUUCCUGCUGUGUGCCGUGGCUGUGGAGAGAUGUCUGUGUCUCCUCAGGCCGGUCUGGUCCAGUCUGAAGCGUCCUCGCUGGGCGGUUCCRCUGGUGUGUGGUGUCCUSUGGGGMUUGGCUGCUGCCCUGGCUGCCCCSUACCUCCACACUGCCGACCUGCUGGAGAUCAACGGUACUACCCAGUGUCUGGAGAGCCUAGGGUACAGCAAGGGGCUGUUUGUGACAGAGACGGUCGCUGGGUUCAUCCUGCCGUUAACAGUGUUCCUGGUGAGCAACGUAGCCGUGCUGUGGAGCGCCAGGCAGGCAGGGGGCGCCGGACCGACCUCUCCAACCUCCUCUUCUUCCUCUUCGGCGACUGCGAGACAGAUGGCCAGGCUGUACCGGGUCCUCUUCCUCACCAUGCUCCUCUUCCUCUCCUGCUGGGUGCCCUACUUUACCUGCCGCUUCCUGCGGGCGCUGGCUGCAGGGCGGSCRGACCGGGCGGGGCUGUACCGGGCGUCGUUCACGGGGGCAUAUAUCUCUCUGUUCCUGGUGUACCUGAAGAGCUCCCUGAACCCRGUCCUCUACGUGUUCGCUGCGCGAGGCCUGGGGCGCACCGUCCGCGCCUCGCUCCCCUCCACCAUCGAGAGAGUCUUCAAUGAUGACUUGUCUGACUCCAAGAGUAGACGGACCCUAAGGAGGGACGAUUCACAGAUCUAGUGCCCUAAAAAGCCCUGUUAGYGACCGUACAUAUGGGAGAUUCACAGAUCUAGUGCCCU